AUGGUCGCAUUCCAUAUGCGGCACUGCCUGCUCCUCGCCGCCGUCGCCGUCCCUGCCGUGCUGGCCGACGGCAUUGGCAUCAUCGGCUUCGGCAAGACCAUGUACCAGCCGCCGUGCGCCUUUGCCUGCCGGUCCGUCCUCGGCCGGUCCGUCCUGCUCUGCACGCCGCCCGACGCGCCGCCGACGACGCCGCCCGCCUGCUUCGCCCGCGACCCGGCCUUCUUGCAGACGCUGGCCCUCUGCCUCGACACGUACUGCCCGACCAGCGCCGAGGCGCCCCGCGUCGGCGUGCUCGAGGAGUACUGGGCCGCCCACGUCGCCGUCGGCAGCCCGGGCACCCUCGCCUGGGUGCCCGCCCUGACGUACCAGGAAGCCCUGCGGCGGUCGCGCAUCGACGAGGCCGCCCACGGCAAGAGGAGGAGAGACGGUGGCGGUGGUGGUGUCUAUGCGCGGCACGGACACCACGGAGACGCCGAGGAGCAGGACACGACCCCGGUCAACACCACGCUCCCGGUGGUGAGGCCCGGCGCGCCGCUCAACGAGACGAGCUUCGUGCGCGGCUCGCACUGGCUGAAAGAGUACAACGGACUCAAGGCCUUUGAGCUGAACGAAGCCGGCCAUUCCCGGUACACCAUCGUCAUCACCGUCGUCCCGUUUCUGCUCGCCAUCAGCGCCUCCCUCGCGCGCUUCGUGCCGGCGCUCACGCGCGCCCCGUCGUGGGCGUGGCUCAACUCGCUGCUCGUGUACCCGCCGCUCUGGGGCGCCCAGCACCGGCAGCCGACGGCGCGGGCCCUCGGCGGCGGCUUCAUGCCGACGCGCGGGCAGGCGCUGUACACGGGCGUGGUGGUGGUGCUCAACGUGGUGCUGCUCAUCGUGCCGUACGCGACGCUGCGGCCGCAGACGACCUUUGCCACGGUGCGCGAGCAGGAGCUUAGCACCAUUGGCUGCCGCGCCGGCGUCAUGGCCAUGGGCAACGCCGUCGUGCUCGCCGUCUUUGCCGGCCGCAACAACCCGCUGCUGGCGCUGACGGGCUGGAACUACGACACAUACCUGCUCCUGCACCGCGUGUUUGGCUACCUGACGAUGGCGCACACCGUCGUGCACUCGGCCCUGCUGCUGGCGUACUAUGUCCUGUUUGGCGGCUACGCCCAGGAGGUCACGAAGCCGUACUGGAUCUGGGGCGUCGUGGCCACGCUGGCCGUCGUGCUGCUGUGGCCCGCGUCGGUGCUCGCCGUCCGCAAGCGCUGCUACGAGCUCUUCCUCUCGCUGCACCAUGUCCUGGUCGUGCUGUUCCUCGUGGGGUACUUUUACCACAUCUUCUACCGCUACGCGUUCAAAUGGGGGUACGAGAUUUGGUGCUACAUCUUCGGCGGUGUCUGGGCUGCUGAGCGCCUGAUGCGGCUGGGCCGCAUCGUCUUCGCGGGAAGGCGCACGGCGCACGUGUCCGUCGUGCCGGGCUCCGGGGGCGAGUAUCUCCGCAUCGACAUUGCCGGCGCGCACGCGGGCGGGCUCGUCUAUCUCUACUUUCCGACCCUGGGCUGGCGGUUCUGGGAGAACCAUCCCUUCUCCGUCGCGUCCUCGUUUUCCGUCGCCGACUCCCACGCCGGCGCUGCUGCUGACACGGAUACCGAGAGCGCCAGGGAAAAAGUCUCCGAGGAGCAGGAAAUCUCGCCCGAGAUGGAGGAGAAGAUGGCAGCCGCACCGCCGCCGCCGCCGCGCACAACCAUAUUCACGCCCGUGUCCGACCCCCGGAUGGCGAUUCUCGUGCGCGUCCAGUCGGGCAUGACGGCACGCCUGGCUGCCCGGGUCGCCGCGGGGGGCGGCAAGACGCGGCUGCCCGUGCUCGUGGAGGGUCCGUACCACGCCGCGUCGGCGUCGGAGCUGUCGCAGUGCACGUCGAUUGUGUGCAUCGCCGGCGGCGUGGGCGUCAGCGCGGUGCUCCCCAUCCUGCGCGAGCACAGCUGCCGUCGGCGGCUGUACUGGGGGGUGCGCAACCGCAGCCUGGUGGAUGAGUGCGCCAAGGACAUCCUGGGCUUGCCGGCGGCCGUGCAGGUGGACACGAGCAUCGGGGAGCGCCUGGAUGUCCCGUCGAUACUGAAGGAGGAGCUGCUCGCGCGCUCGGGCGAGCGCGGCCCCGCGGGUAUUGUCGUGUGCGGACCGCCGGAACUGGCCGACAAUGUGCGCAACGAGGUGACUAGAUUGGCAAGGAGUGGCUCUCUCGCUCGUGGUGUUGUGCUACUGGAUGAAGCAUUUACAUGGUAG